AAAGUAAUAAGUUUUGCAAAUUAGCAAAUUUUGUAAGCACUUCGUUGCACCAACAACUUUUACUUAUCCCUUCUCUUCUCUCAAUUUGCUAAGUUUUGCAUUGUUUUGCUAAAAAUAAUUUCACCUAUCAUGACAAUGAUAAGUUUAGUCUGAACAAAUUAAUCAGUGCCUUAGUACGUGCUCGAGCUUCGUGAAAUAUUAAUAGGAGUAAAAAAAAAACUAACAAAAUGCUUCGAUUCAAACUUUUUAAUAUUUUGGAAGACGAACAUUCGCACAAUUCGCGUGUUACAAACGAAAGGAUCAAUUACAAUUUGGAUAUUAGUGCGGUAGAAAAUUUUCGGCUAACUCGUAGCCAAAUUGAAAAAAUUUUGCUAAAAAUAGGAGCGCAUCUGCAAUACACUAGUAAGCGUAAUAUGUGCUUAAACCCCCUGCAACAGUUAUUAACCACUCUGCACUGGUUAGAUAAUGGUGGCCAAUAUCAUGGAAUUGCGAAAAUGCAUGGGGUUCACAACUCAACGGUGUGCAGAGUAAUCUAUCGAGUGGCAAAUAUCGUGAUAAACGAGUUCAUGGACGUAACUAUUCGUUGGCCAGAAUUUGAAGAAAAUCAAAAUAUCGCCACACAGUUUUUUAAUAUUGGUGGAUUUUCACAAGUCGCAGGGUGCAUUGACGGAACGAUGAUUGAUAUAGACGCGCCUAACGUUAACGAGGAACAAUUUGUGAAUAGGCACGGAAAUCAUGCGAUUAAUGCAAUGAUGGUUUGUGUUUGUGGACCUAAUUUUCAGAUUUAUGCCGUAAAUUGUAAUUGGCCAGGGAGUGUGCACGAUGCCAGAGUCCUACGUAAUUCUAAUUUGUUCGGCAGAUUUGAAAACGGAUUCCGUCCAUUCCCUAAUGCCGUAAUUUUAGGAGAUAGUGCUUAUCCGUUACUGAAUUGGCUAAUUCCUCCUUUGCGAAACAAUCCGACGUCGCCACAAGAGCAGCUUUUUAAUAGAGCGCAUAAAAAAACAAGGAGGAUUAUUGAAAAUUGUUUCGGUAUCCUUAAAGAAAAGUUUCCUUGCUUGAACCAUUUACGGUUGCAGCCAGAAAAAGCAGCGAAAAUAAUAAUAAUGUGCUGCAUUUUCCACAACAUUUGUCGAAUGGAUGCACAAAAUGAUGUGGAUUAUGACGAAGGAAUUAUGAAUGGAGCAAAUAAAAAUGAAAAUGAGCAGUCCUUUCAGAACACGGAGUCACUAAACAAUUCUGAAAGGCUCCAAAGUCUGCUAAAUUGGUUUAAUUAAUAAUUUCUUCUUUUAUAAGAAACCUUAUUACAAAAAAAUUAAUGCCUUACCCACGAGUUUACAGGUUACGAAACUUUA